AUGAAACUCACCACCACCUUCCUGGUGCUCUGUGUGGCCCUGCUCAGCCACCCCGCUGCCGCUUUCUUCGUGGACUCGGUGGCUAAGCCUGUGGCCCAGCCUGUGGCUGCCCUCAACUCUGCCGCAGGGGCCGUGGCCAACCCCCUCCUCAGCCACUUCAACCCCCUGAAGUUCAUGCUGACCAGCCUGGGGAUCCCCGUGGAGCACCUCAUAGAGGGCUCCCAGAAGUGUGUGGCUGAGCUGGGCCCCGAGGCCGUGGGGGCCGUGAAGACGCUGCUGGGGGCCCUGACACUGUUUGGGUGA